AUGUUGCUUUUGUUGGUAUUCCAAUUCUUCCUAUUCACGUUUGUCUGUGCUCAGAAUCGACCGAUAUUUGAUGGGAAAAGAAGCAACCCUACCCAAAAAGACCUGCCCUUCCUGAAGAAAGCUUCAGAACAAACGAGGAAAGACGUUUUUCAGGUGCUUGGCGAUAGCCAGCUCCCGAUCGAGGAAAAGGAGGACAUCAUUGCCGACAUUGUGGCCAAGGACACCGAGCAGGUCAAGAAAGACUUUGAGAAAUUCCGGAGGGAAGUGCGUCAAAGGAGGGAGAAAAAGGAGAAAGCUUUGCUCAAGUCGAGGAGCCGUAUGAGUGAGCAGGCCGCAAAUGCCGAUCAGUACAUUGAAGGGAUUGUAAAGAAUGACGAGCUGAACCCGAUGCAAAAGCAGCAAGCUUGUUCGUCGAGCACUGAAAGGUUUCCGUCGCAAAAAAGGGCCAAAACAACAACGAGGACAUUGGGGUUGAGG